AUGGAUCGUGGAGGUGACGACGAGGAGACCUCACUUAUUAUUAUAGGCGCAGGCCUUGGUCGUACAGGAACUAAUAGUCUAAAGAUAGCAUUAGAAUUGCUUUAUAAAAAACCAUGUUAUCAUUUAAAAGAAAUAUACCUGCAUCGACAUUCACAUAUUGCAAAAUGGAUGGAAUUAGAUAAAAAUCUUCGUGAAUCACCUGAUAAAAAGUUGGAUAAAGCAUUAUGUCGUCAAAUAUUUCGAGGAUAUAUAGCUGCUAUUGAUCAUCCUGCGUGUGCAUAUUAUAAAGAAUUAUUAGAGUUAUAUCCUAAUGCAAAGGUUAUCUUAACUGUUCGUGAUCCAGAAAUAUGGCUUGCUGGUUGUCGUUCAACUAUCCUUCCCAGAGAUAUUGAUCAACCACGUUCAUUAGCAUUUCAUCUACUUCGCCAGUGUAUUGGUCUCAGCCAAUUUCAUGAAUUAUUUCUUAUGAAUUGGCGACGUGUAUUCGGUGAAGAAAUGGAUUUUUCCAAUGAUACAUCAAUGUUAAAUGGUUUUGUUAAUUGGAAUCAAAGUGUUAUUAAAAAUAUUCCAUCUGAACGUUUAUUAAAAUUUGAUAUUAGUCAAGGUUGGGAACCAUUGUGUAAAUUUUUAAAUAUGCCUAUCCCAAAUUAUCCAUUUCCACAUGUGAAUGAAUAUAAUGAAUUAAAGCGUUUAAUUAAACUAGAGAAACGUGUUUUAAAAUUCAUACAAUGGAUAUUACCUGUUCUGGUGAUUAUUUUCUUAGCUUAUAUGCUUUAUAAACUUGUACUAUAA